GCUGAAUACCCUCAACGGAAUCAAAAUCGCUGUGAAUUGGUCUCACUACUUUUUCCCGCUCACUUUUUUGGUCAAUUAAUUUUUGUUUACAUGCAGCAAACAUGGACAUGGAGUCCAUGGAGGUUGAUGAGAAUGCUUCCCAGCUCUACGUUCGCACGCCGGAGGAUGUGAAGGCCAUUGUGAAGCACGCCAAACUGGACGAGCGCCAGUUGACCCAACUCACCCAGGCCCUGUACUUUCCGUCGGCGGACGUGGAUUCUGACAAUCUGCGCCUUCUGGAGCUGGACGGGCACAUGCUGGGACAAAUCCGCGACGGCCAGACGCUGUAUUUCAAGGGUGGCCAGAACGAGAAACUGGUGCUGUGCACCGAUGAGCGAACCUACGACGUGAAGGGAGCGGAAAUCUCCAACAGCCUGUUGCUGGUGCCGGACCUCAAGUUUGCCGCCGCUACCAGCACCUCUCCGCUGAAAAGUCCGCGCACUGGCAACGCCAAUACCUCCCUAGAGCGCAGCCUCAACGACAGUGCGGAGGAUGAACUGGAAGUGCCUAGGACUCUGGAGCAGCGGCCGGUGCUCAAGGUGUUCCACGAGUACUUCGAGUGCCGCGAGAUCAAACCGCGCUUUCGCAAGCUGGGCGAACUGCUGCAGCUAACUCGAUAUUCUGGGCCGGAGAACGAGUUCUGCAUCGAGCAAAAGCUGCUCUUCACCUUUUCUCAGCUCCUGGACACGGUGCAAUGCAGUCGGGGUCAGUUCCUGGAGGGAUUGAACCACUAUCGCGCCAUGGAGUUGGACGGGCGAAUGCGCGUGAUGGAAUACGAGUACGAAUAUCGCAUUAUUAACAUUAUGCUGGGAUUGAUAAGUGAAAACUCCUGGGCUUUGGACGAAGUGGAAAGGGAGGAAACCAUCAGCGCCCUGAAGGGCAUAGCACCAGAGGAGGUAGUGACUGGGCUUUUUGACAUCUAUACCACGCCAAGCGAACGUAGCCCGGGAAAGUUUGAGUACCAGGAGUCGAUGGUCUCCCGAAUUGUGGCACAGAACAUUCUUCAGCCGGGCUUGCGAUUCCGCAAUGAGGAGUUCAUGCGCACCUGGCAGGAGGCGCUACCCGAGGGCAUGUCCUGCGACUUGAAGUACCUACGUGGUCUGGGCAUUUGCGACAAGGAGGGCGCUCAGCCCUGCAUCCGCUCGCUGGCAGAGGAGCUACUGCCCACCAAUAUUAACGAUCGCAUGCGGGCCCUAUUCAAGACUAAGCAGAGAUGGACAAUGGAGGAAAUGGAACCCUACAUAGAGUGCUUUACCACCCCGAAUUUGUCCGUUUCCACAUUGCUGGCCAAGCACGCUCGCUCAUUGACAGACGGAGGUGUGCGAUACUUUGUUGCCAAGCAUUGAUACAAAGAUACAGAGCUUUAGCCUUUUUCUUAUUCAAUAAAACAGCUUUAAGUU